AUGUUUCCAAAGGAUAGCCUUAUACUCCCCUCCCCACCUAAAUUCUAUCCAUCUCAUCCUUUGGUUUGCUGUAAGUUCUCUAAGGUAGCAUGGAUUAGGUUCAGGGAAAAUGUGCAGAGAGUUGCCGGCUCCGAGCUGUUCUCCGCCAUAAGGUGGAUUACAGAAAAAGUGGGCCCUUUUCAGCGACUGAAAAUGCUGGAAUCCUGUAGCUGGCUUGCAAGCAGCCGCCGGCCCCUGCUGUGGCCCAUCCUCCACGAUCUGCUGGCCGUUCGAGGGGUAAAGACUGCCUGCAGGAAGGCGGGGGAUUGGUAG